AUGGAUGACCUAAAACCCGUGACUUCAUCUGUCAACCGGACGUGUGAUCUGGUUGUCCCAUCAGUCAACCCUUUCUUUAUGCUGGUCUACAGUCUAGUGUUUCUGGUGGGUUUACUCCUCAAUGGCUUCAUCAUAAAGUUUUACUGUUGCCAAGCUAGGCAGCAGGCAUCGAGGAGCUUGAUGGUCUACCUGAAGAACCUGACAGCUGCUGACUUCCUGCUGUGCGUCUCUUUGCCGAUGCGUGUCACUGAUUAUGCCAGCAGGUCUGUUAUCUUUCGGGAGCUCUACUGCAGCUUUGGAGCUACUUCCCUGUACCUCAACAUGUACGCCAGCAUCAUAUUCAUGGGGUACAUCGCUGCCAACAGGUAUCUGACAAUCAUCCAUCCUUCAGGAACUCACAUCCUGCAGACAGUACGAACUGCCCACAUCGUCUCCACGGUCACCUGGGCUUUUCUCCUGGCUCCAACAAUCACCUACAACAUUAUGUUCUUCAUCACUCACAAACCUCUGACCUUUGACCCUGGCUACUGUGGGCCCCUCUUCAGUACGUCAUUCAGCGUCCUUCAUAAAACAUUUCAAAUCAGUUGCACCAUCAUCUUCCUCUUAGUCUUCAUAUUCCUGGUCUUCUUCUACUACAGCACCUCCCGCAGGGUGUUGCAGGCACAGCAGAGGCAGCUGGCCUCCUUCAGCACUGACAAGCUGGUGAAGUCUCGCAGGAACAUGUUGGUGCUGGUCAGCAUCUUCUGUGUUUGUUUUGUGCCCUAUCACCUGGCUCGUCUUCCCUAUACCUUUUUGUGGACCAGCUGCUCUGUGGGUCAGCUAUUGUACUACUCGAAGGAAGUGACCACCAUCUUGUCAGUUUUAAACGUCUGUCUGGACCCUCUUGUUUACUUUUUCCUCUGUAAGACUUUUCGAGCUCAGGUGAACUUUAGCAUGGGGACAAGAAUGACAACACAAGCAACCCAGGAGAGUGAGAGCAGCAGGAAAGAGGUGGAAAUUGUAGAACUGAACUGA